AUGAUGGGGGUCCCAGGACACCCCGGUUCCACAGGAACAUGUGGCCCCCCAGGACCCAAAGGAACCAAGGGACCGCAAGGAGAUGCAGGUCAGUUCCUCGUGAAUGUGACCAUCACCAGCAUAAUUAACAUUAAUCAUGAGUGAUACAGAUUGAAAAUAAUUAUAAAGCAGUAGAUCCAGCUUCAGUAGGGACGAUGUCACUGAAACAGCCAUAUAAAUAGAAUUACUAGUAUGGACAUUCCUAUUGCCUUGAUCUGAGAGGCUUUCUCCCUUCUAGUAAUUUUAUUUCUAUUGACACAGCAGCUUAACCCACAUCCCCUUCUCUCUCUGGACCUUUGUUCUUUCCUCCACAGGUCCGAAAGGAGAAAAAGGGUAUGUGAUCAAUCCAUUGAUAAUCCCACCUCCUCCCGGACCCGUAGGCGGACCCGGUCAACCAGGCCUUCCUGGCUUCACUGGUGGCUCGGGACCCAAUGGUUUUGAGGGACAGAAAGGUAGGGCCUGAUAUGGGUCAACGAAAGCCCCUGAAAUAUCUUGAUAUCUUCCUGGGUAGAGUGCUCCAUGUCCUCUUACAAUAAGAAGAUUCGUUAUUCUGUUUUCUCCCAAAUUGCAUUUAUAAAUACAUGAAAACUAUCAUUCAGAAUUGGUGGUUGUAGUUUCUCAGAAAGACCUUGAGGUCUUUGUGAUAGUAGAAAUUUAAAUAAGAGGAUUAGUUAUUUGUUGAAUAUUAUAAACUGGGUGGUUCGAACCCUGAAUGCUGAUUGGCUGACAGCCAUGGUAUAUCAGACCGUAUACCACGGGUAUGACAAAACAUGUAUUUUUACUGCUCUAAUUACGUUGGUAACCAGUUUAUAAUAGCAAUAAGGCACCUCGGGGGUUUGUGGUAUAUGGCCACUCUGCGUUGCGCCUAAGAACAGCCCUUAGCCGUGGUAUAUUGGCCAUGUACCACACCCCCUCGUGCCUUAUUGCUUAAAUAUAGCAUUCAUACAGUAAAUGCAACUUAAAGAUAAGAUACGAUUUGAUACUGUAUGUGUCUGCUGUUGCAGGGAGAAGUGGCCAGAUGGGGUCACCAGGAUUCCCGGGGCCCGAUGGCCUCCCAGGAGCAGACGGGGACCCAGGGGACAGCGGGGUACAGGGGGAGAGGGGGGCAUUGGGACCACAGGGUGAGUCAAAUGAACUAGGGCGUGUGGAUGGACACUUCACACACCCCCACUACUCAUGAACCUGUGUCCAACUAAACAUCUAGCCUGCCCCUGUCCUAAAUGACAUCCUCUUCAUGUCAUUUUAGACACAGCCCAUUUUGACCAUAAAAGGGCAAUCUGCAAUUGUUACAUCCAUUUUUGGACUUACAUAUUUUUUACUGAUUUAUGCUAGGGCUCUCCAACCCUGUUCCUGGAGAGCUACCGUCCUGUAGGUUUUCACUCCAACCACAAUUGUAACUAACCUGAUUCAGCUUAUCAACCAGCUAAUUAUUAGAAUCAGGUGCACUAGAUGAGGGUUGGAGUGAAAACCUACAGAAUGGUAGCUCUCCAGGAACAGGGUUGGAGAGCCCUGAUAUAUACCCAAAUAUAACAUAUAAAUGCCUCAUGAGCUUAGUUCAACUGUCGUACCCCAUCAGAACCCAAAAUAUAAGGCCAGGAUUCAAUCAGAUCUGCGGUAACCCGCGUUAGCCGACAUAGCUUUUCAUUUAUUUUGUUUAGGCGGUGUCGGAGGUGUAAUUCUGUUUAGAGCUGUCAAAUCGGUGAGCGGCUGCGCUUGUGUUCAUUGUCACGAAACCACACCUGUGCUUAUGUUCCACCCGUGUUAGAAGAUCAGAACGAGAAAGUGUAGACCAUAUAGAAAUAAUAAAAUCAUUAAACAGAAUAAUAGGUGUAGAUUGCAUGGGAUUUCUACUAAUGCGACUCUGUGGAUACAAUGGCAAUAUCCGUGAUUUGACAGCAGUUACACCUCCGACACCGCCUAAACAAAAGCAAUGAAAAGCUAUGCGGAUUUUUCAGCUAACGUGGGUUGCCACUGAUCUGAUUGAAUGCCGGUCUAAGGACUCAACUGUCAAAUCCAUAAGCGGCUCCCGGCAUUAUACCUAUCGUGGACAUUGCUAUUGGAUGCACCAAGUCGCAAUAGUAGAAAUCCCAUCCAGUUGUGUUACAAGUUCGAACACUGGAAUGUGUGAUGUAAUCUACAGAAGAAAAGUGGUCAGAAUAGCCCAGGUUAACAUAUGUAGCUUAAUAAAAAAGGUUAAUGAAAUCAAUAAUUUGCUAGUAACAGAUAACAUUCAUAUUCUGACUAUCUCUGAAACUCACUUAGAUAAUAUAUUUGAUGAUACAGUGGUAGCAAUACAAGGUUAUAACACCUUACCAAUGGUGGAGGUGUUGCUGUUUAUAUUCAGAACCACAUUCCUGUGAAGAUUAGAGAGGAUCUCAUGGUAAAUAUUGUUGAAGUAAUAUGGCUACAGGUUCAUCUGCCUCCCCUAAAGCCCAUUCUGGUGGCAAGCUACUAUAGGCCACCAAGGGCUAACAGUCAGUAUUUAGAUAACAUGUGGGAAAUGCUUGAUAAUGUAUGUGAUAUCAAUAUAGAGGUAUACUUUCUGGGUGAUUUAAAUAUUGACUGGCUUUCAUCAGGCUGCCCACUCAAGAGAAAGCUUCAAACUGUAACCAGUGCCUGCAACCUGGUUCAGGUUAACAGUCAACCUACCAGGUUGUUACAAACACUACGGAAUGAAAUCAUCAACAUGUAUUGAUCAUAUCUUUACUAAUGCUGCAGAGAUUUGUUUGAAAGCAGUGUCCAAAUCCGUUGGAUGUAGUGAUCACAAUAUAGUAGCCAUAUCUAGGAAAACCAAAGUUCCAAAGGCUGGGCCUAAUAUUGUGUAUAAGAGGUUAUACAAUACGUUUUGUAGUGAUUCCUAUGUUGUUGAUGUAAAGAAUAUACAGUUGAAGUCGGAAGUUUACAUACACCUUAGCCAAAUACAUUUAAACUCAGUUUUUCACAAUUCCUGACAUUUAAUCAAAUUAAAUAUUCCCUGUCUUGGGUCAGUUAGGAUCACAACAUUAUUUUAAGAAUGUGAAAUGUCAGAAUAAUAGUAUAGAGAAUGAUUUAUUUCAGCUUUUAUUUAUUUCAUCACAUUCCCAGUGGGUCAGAAGUUUACAUACACUCAAUUAGUAUUUUGUAGCAUUGCCUUUAAAUUGUUUAACUUGGGUCAAAGUUUUCGGGUAGCCUUCCACAAGCUUCCCACAAUAAGUUGGGUGAAUUUUGACCCAUUCCUCCCGACAGAGCUGGUGUAACUGAGUCAGGUUUGUAGGCCUCCUUGCUCGCACACGCUUUUUCAGUUCUGCCCGCACAUUUUCUAUAGGAUUGAGGUCAGGACUUUGUGAUGGCCACUCCAAUACCUUGACUUCGUUGUCCUUAAGCCAUUUUGCCACAAUUCCUUCCUCAUGAUGCCAUCUAUUUUGUGAAGUGCACCAGUCCCUCCUGCAGCAAAGCACCCCCACAGCAUGAUGCUGCCACCCCUGUGCUUCACGGUUAGGAUGGUGUACUUCAGCUUUCAAGCAUCCCCCUUUUUCCUCCAAACAUAAUGAUGGUCAUUAUGGCCAAACAGUUCUAUUUUUGUUUCAUCAGACCAGAGGACAUCUCUCCAAAAGUACGAUCUUUGUCCCCAUGUGCAGUUGCAAACCGUAGUCUGGCUUUUUUAAAUGGUGGUUUUGGAGCAGUGGCUUCUUCCUUGCUGAGCGGCCUUUCAGGUUAUGUCAAUAUAGGACUUGUUUUACUGUGGAUAUAGAUACUUUUGUACCUGUUUCCUCCAGCAUCUUCACAAGGUCCUUUGCAGAUGAACGCGGUACCUUCAGGCGUUUGGAAAUUGCUCCCAAUGAUGAACCAGACUUGUGGAGGUCUACACAUUUAUUUCUGAGGUCUUGGCUGAUUUAUUUUGAUUUUCCCAUGAUGUCGAGUUUGAAGGUAGGCCUUGAAAUACAUCCACAGUUACACCUCCAAUUGACUCAAAUUAUGUCAAUUAGCCUAUCAGAAGCUUCUUAAGCCAUGAUAUAAUUCUCUGGAAUUUUCUAAGCUGUUUAAAGGCACAGUCAACUAAGUGUAUGUAAACUGCUGACCCACUGGAAUUGUGAUACAGUGAAUUAUAAGUGAAAUAAUCUGUCUGUAAACAAUUGUUGGAAAAAUUACUUGUGUCAUGCACAAAGUACAUGUCCUAACUGACUUGCCAAAACUAUAGUUUGUUAACAAGACAUUUGUGGAGUGGUUGAAAAACGAGUUUUAAUGACUCCAACCUAAGUGUAUGUAAACUUCCGACUUCAACUGUAUUGUCACGCCCUGACUCAUGGGACUCUUGUAUAUUGAGUCAGGGUGUGGAUAUGCUAUGUUGUAUUUUCUAUGUUGGCAUUCUAUGUUGUGUGUUUCUAUGUUUGGCCGGGUGUGAUUCCCAAUCAGAGGCAGCUGUCGCUCGUUGUCUCUGAUUGGGGAUCAUACUUAGGCAGCCUAUUGGCAAUCCUAGUUGUGGGAUCUUGUUCCGUGUGGAGGCUUGUUUUGUGUUUAGCCUUAGGACUUCACGUUUUGUUGGUUUGUUGUUUUGUUAGUGUGUUUAUCGUUGUAAUAAACAUGUACGCAUUUCACGCUGCGCCUUGGUCUGACCCGUCCUUCAACGACCGGGACAGAAGAUCCCACCAAACACGGACCAAGCAGCGUGCCCAGGAGCAGACAGCCUGGACAUGGGAGGAGAUCCUGGACAGAAAGGGAUCCUGGACAUGGGAGGAGAUUCAGGCUGGGAUGGUCGCCGUCCUUGGGAGGAGACAGUGGAGGCCCGGUUUAGAGAGGAGCAAAGGCAACGCAGAAGGCACCGGCCAAGGAAGAAGCCCGAGACAGCCCCAAAAAAGGUUAAAAGGUUGGUCGGGGAUCGGGGGCUCAGGGAGGAGUCCUCAUGGGAGGAGGACUAGGCGCGGAGAGUGAAAGACUGGUACAGUCGGAGAUCUCUAACGUCAGUUCCCAGUCCGGUACACCUCGUGCCUGCGUCUCGCACCAAGCCAGUGGUGCGUGUCCCCAGUCCGGUACGGCCCGUGUCUGCUCCCUGCAGCAAGCCAGUGGUGCGUGUCGCCAGUCCGGCCCGGCCCGUUCCUGUUCCUUGCACCAAGCCAGUGGUGCAUGUCGCCAGUCCGGCCCGGCCCGUGCCUGCUCCUCGCACCAGACCAGUGGUGCGUGUGUCCAGUCCGGCACGGCCCGUGCCCGUUUCACCGGUGCCUGGUCCGGCACCGGUCAGCUGCUCCACUCCGGAGCCAGAGCAGUCCGCUCCACCGGGCUCCAGUCCAGCUCCGGUCAGCGGCUCCACUCCCGAGCCAGAGCAGUCCGCUCCACCGAUGCCCAGUCCAGCUCCGAUCAGCGGCUCCAGUCCGGAGCCGGAGCAGUCCGCUCCACCGGUGCCCAGUCCAGCUCCGGUCAGCGGCUCCAGUCCAGACCCAGACGUCAGCCCCUCUCCAGGUUCGGGGUCUCCCACACCAGGGUCCAGACAGGGCUUGGUACUUCGUGGGAGGAAGGAGAGGGGAAGCAGCGUGCCGAGGUCCAGUCCAGACCAGGGGCGCAACAGGGAGGAUGAGAGAAUGUGAUCGUCACGCCCAGAGCCGAAUCCGCCUCCAAGGCAGAAUGCCCACCCGGACCCUUCCCUGUCAUGUCAGGUUGGUGCGGUCGUAGUCCGCACCUUUGGGGGGGGGGGGGGUACUGUCACGCCCUGACUCAUGGGACUCUUGUAUGUUGAGUCAGGGUGUGGAUAUUCUAUGUUGAAUUUUCGAUGUUGGCAUUCUAUGUUGUGUGUUUCUAUGUUUGGCCGGGUGUGAUUCCCAAUCAGAGGCAGCUGUCGCUCGUUGUCUCUGAUUGGGGAUCAUACUUAGGCAGCCCAUUGGCAAUCGCUAGUUGUGGGAUCUUGUUCCGUGUGGAGGCUUGUUUUGUGUUUACCCUUAGGACUUCACGUUUCGUUGGUUUGUUGUUUUGUUAGUGUGUUUAUCGUUGUAAUAAACAUGUACGCAUUUCACGCUGCGCCUUGGUCUGACCCGUCCUUAAACGAACAUGACAUGUAUGUUGGUCCUUGGUGUGUAAUGAGAAGCAAACAGAAACUGCACUUGACACAUUUAUGAAAUUGCUUAUUCCAGUUACUAAUAAGCAUGCACCCAUUAAGAAAAUGACUGUAAAAACGGUUAAAUCCCCGUGGAUUGAUGAGGAAUUGAAAAAUUGGUUGUAUGGUUGAAAGGGAUGAGGCAAAAGGAAUGGCAAAUAAGUCUGGCAAACGCACUGCAAAUUGAGAAAUCAUGUGACUAACCUGAAUAAAAAGAAGAAGAAACUACACUAUGAAACAAAGAUAAAUGACAAAGAAUGAUAGCAAGAAGCUUUGGAGCACCUUAAAUGAAAUGUUGGGAAAAAAGGCAUACUCAGCUCCAUCAUUCAUUGAAUCAGAUGGCUCAUUUAUCACAAAAUCAACUAAUGUUGCCAACUACUUUAAUGAUUUUUUUCAUUGGAAAGAUUAGCAAACUUAGGCUUGACAUGCCAGCAACAAUUUCUGACACUACACAUCCAAGUAUAUCUGACCAAAUAAUGAAAGACAAGCGUUGAAUUCCGUAAAGUGAGUGUGGAAAAGGUGAAAAAAGUAUUGUCUAUCAACAAUGAAAAGCCACCGGGGUCUGACAACUUGGAUAGAAAAUUACUUAGGAUAAUAGUGGACGAUAUUGCCACUCCUUUAUUUGCCAUAUUUUCAAUUUAAGCCUGCUAGAAUGUGUGUGUGCCCCUAGGCUUGGAGGGAAGAAAAAGUCAUUCCGCUACCUAAGAAUAGUAAAGUUCCCUUUACUGGCUCAAAUAGCUGACCAAUUAGCCUGUUACCAACCCUUAGUAAAUUAUUGGAAAAAAUUGUGUUUGACCAGAUACAAUGUUAUUUUACAGUAAACAAAAUGACAACAAACUUUCAGCAUGCUUAUAGAGAAGGACAUUCAACAAGCAAAGCACUUACACAAAUGACUGAUGAUUGGCUGAGAGAAAUUUAUGUUUUUUUAGACUUCAGUGCGACUUUUGACAUUAUCGAUCAUAGUCUGCUGCUGGAAAAACGUACACUACCGUUCAAAAGUUUGGGGUCACUUAGAAAUGUCCUUGUUUUCGAAAGAAACACAUUUUUUUUGUCUAUUAAAAUAACAUCAAAUUGAUCAGAACUACAGUGUAGACAUUGUUAAUGUUGUAAAUGGCUAAUGUAGUUGGAAAUGGCUGAUUUUAAAUGGAAUAUCUACAUAGGCGUACAGAGGCCCAUUAUCAGCAACCAUCAGUCCUGUGUUCCAAUGGCACGUUGUGUUUGCUAAUCCAAGUUUAUCAUUUUAAAAGGCUAAUUGAUCAUUAGAAAACACUUUUGCAAUAAUGUUAGCACAGCUGAAAACUGUUGUGCUGAUUUAAAUAAUUAAUACAACUGGCCUUCUUGAGACUAGUUGAGUAUCUGGAGCAUCAGCAAUUGUGGGUUCGAUUACAGGCUCAAAAUGGCCAGAAACAAAUAACUUUCUUCUGAAACUCGUCAGUCUAUUCUUGUUCUGAGAAAUUAAGGCUAUUCCAUGCGAGAAAUAGCCAAAAAACUGAAGAUCUCGUACAACAAUGUGUACUAGCCAUAUGUCAGACUGCCCAUCUUAAUCUUUUCUUUUUAUUGCCCAGUCUGAGAUAUGGCUUACGCUGAUUUUAAAUCCUUAUUAUUUAGUUAUAUUUUCAAUUUGAGUGUAAUCAUUUUUAUAUAGCUUACUAUUUCUGAAUUUCGUGACAAUGACCACAUGAGCAGCUCUGCUCACCGAUUUGACAGCAGUUACACCUCCGAUACCACCUAAACAAAAGCAAUGAUAAACUAUGCGCUUGUCGGUUAACGUGGGUUACGGCUGUUUUACUUCAUUGUUUGUAAAUUCAUUUAAUUGAUAGUUUUAAUCACAUUCUUCUAAAAAAGCACAAAACAUAUUCACUAUUAUGCUCACUUCAAGAAUAGCUACAGUGGGGAGAACAAGUAUUUGAUACACUGACGAUUUUGCAGGUUUUCCUACUUACAAAGCAUGUAGAGGUCUGUAAUUUGUAUCAUAGGUACAAUUCAACUGUGAGAGACGGAAUCUAAAACAAAAAUCCAGAAAAUCACAUUGUAUGAUUUUCAAGUAAUUAAUUUGCAUUUUAUUGCAUGACAUAAGUAUUUGAUCACCUACCAACCAGUAAGAAUUCCGGCUCUCACAGACCUGUUCGUUUUUCUUUAAGAAGCCCUCCUGUUCUCCACUCAUUACCUGUAUUAACUGCACCUGUUUGAACUCAUUACCUGUAUAAAAGACACCUGUCCACACACUCAAUCAAACAGACUCCAACCUCUCCACAAUGGCCAAGAUCAGAGAGCUGUGUAAGGACAUCAGGGAUAAAAUUGUAGACCUGCACAAGGCUGGGAUGGGCUACAGGACAAUAGGCAAGCAGCUUGGUGUGAAGGCAACAACUGUUGGCGCAAUUAUAAGGAAAUGGAAGAAGUUCAAGAUGACGGUCAAUCACCCUCGGUCUGGGGCUCCAUGCAAGAUCUCACCUCGUGGGGCAUCAACGAUCAUGAGGAAGGUGAGGGAUCAGCCCAGAACUACACGGCAGGACCUGGUCAAUGACCUGAAGAGAGCUGGGACCACAGUCUCAAAGAAAACCAUUAGUAACACACUACGCCGUCAUGGAUUCAAUUCCUGCAGCGCACGCAAGGUCCCCCUGCUCAAGCCAGCGCAUGUCCAGGCCCGUCUGAAGUUUGCCAAUGACCAUCUGGAUGAUCCAGAGGAGGAAUGGGAGAAGGUCAUGUGGUCUGAUGAGACAAAAAUAGAGCUUUUUGGUCUAAACUCCACUCGCCGUGUUUGGAGGAAGAAGAAGGAUGAGAACAACCCCAAGAACACCAUCCCAACCGUGAAGCAUGGAGGUGGAAACAUCAUUCUUUGGGGAUGCUUUUCUGCCAAGGGGACAGGACUACUGCACCGUAUUGAGGGGAGGAUGGAUGGGGCCAUGUAUCGUGAGAUCUUGGCCAAAAACCUCCUUCCCUCAUUAAGAGCAUUGAAGAUGGGUCGUGGCUGGGUCUUCCAGCAUGACAACGACCCGAAACACACAGCCAGGGCAACUAAGGAGUGGCGCCGUAAGAAGCAUCUCAAGGUCCUGGAGUGGCCUAGCCAGUCUCCAGACCUGAACCCAAUAGAAAAUCUUUGGAGGGAGCUGAAAGUCCGUAUUGCCCAGCGACAGCCCCGAAACCUGAAGGAUCUGGAGAAGGUCUGUAUGGAGGAGUGGGCCAAAGUCCCUGCUGCAGUGUGUGCAAACCUGGUCAAGACCUACAGGGAACGUCUGAUCUCUGUAAUUGCAAACAAAGGUUUCUGUACCAAAUAUUAACUUCUGCUUUUCUGAUGUAUCAAAUACUUAUGUCAUGCAAUAAAAUGCAAAUUAAUUACUUAAAAAUCAUACAAUGUGAUUUUCUGGAUUUUUGUUUUAGAUUCGGUCUCUCACAGUUGAAGUGUACCUAUGAUAAAAAUUACAGACCUCUACAUGCUUUGUAAGUAGGAAAACCUGCAAAAUCGGCAGUGUAUCAAAUACUUGUUCUCCCCACUGUAAAUAUAUUUGUAUCUUUGUCUCUGACUGUCUGUCAUCGUAGGCGUCCCAGGCCCUUCGGGAGAUGCCGGCAGCCCAGGCCCCACCACCACCUUUAACUCUGGCUUCCUGUUGGUGAUGCACAGCCAAUCAGACACGCUCCCUUCCUGUCCAGCAGACAUGACACAACUGUGGACUGGUUAUAGUCUGCUUUACCUGGAGGGCCAAGAGAAAGCCCACACACAGGACCUCGGUACGUUGGUCUACAAUACUGUUUGUGUGUGUGCUCAUCUGUACACCUGUGUGUAUGUGUGUGUGUGUUUGAAUGAUUGUAACCGGUAACCUAGCAUGUCUUUUUCUCCUACUAGGUCAGGCCGGGUCAUGUAUGCGUCUCUUCAGCACCAUGCCUUUCUCCUACUGUAACAUGGGCACGUGUGACUACGCCAGCCGCAAUGACAAGUCCUACUGGCUGUCCACCACAGCGGCAGUGCCCAUGAUGCCCGUGGCGGGCCAGGACAUCCAACAGCACAUCAGCCGCUGCGUGGUGUGUGAGGCCCCCUCCCCUGCUGUGGCAGUUCACAGCCAGGACAACAGCAACCCCUUCUGUCCCCCCAAUUGGAGGAGUCUGUGGGUGGGAUACUCCUUCCUCAUGGUGAGUUUGUGUGUGUGUGUGUGUUUGCUUGUCUGUGUUUGCCUGCAUGUUUGUGUCUGUGUGUGAGUGUUUUGUUAUAACAGUUGUAACACACGUGUGUGUAUUGUAGCACACAGGGGCCGGUGAUGAGGGUGGUGGCCAGUCUCUGACAUCAUCAGGAAGCUGCCUGAGGGACUUCCGUGCCCAGCCGUUCGUGGAAUGCCAGGGCCCGCGGGGAACGUGCCACUAUUUCGCCAACAUCUACAGCUUCUGGUUGACCCGGGUGGACGCCGAUGGACCGCUUAGCCCCUCAACUUCACAGGGCACGCUCAAAGAGGAGUGGCAACAGCGCCUCAACGUAGGCCGGUGCAACGUGUGUAUGAAGGAGUGA